AUAUUUUCUCAGCAACCAAACAUGGGUACGAGCAAGGAGGAAGAAGGAAAAAAAGGAAAUAUCAAUUACGUCGCAAAAUACGGAGUAAUAGACGAAUGGCCGGAUCAAAGGAAUUGCACGCUCUGCAGUACUCUAGCUAUUGCAGAGGAUGUUGAUCUAUUAAUGUCAAACCACGUGGCAAAAUGUUAGUGGCUGAUGACCCAAGUAAACCUUAGCCCCUCCCCAUUCGAUCUGCCGCUAUCUCUCAAUCCCAUCUAGCCCUCACUCGACUCGCAUCGACACCACUUCGUCGCCGUCUCCACCACUGUCCCUUGUCUUGCAUAGGAAACUCUUUCUGGGUGGUGGAUGGUCUUGAUGGAGACGCUAUCAGAAGAAAAUUCUCAGAACUUAACAACUGCUGCUAAUGAAGCUGUUCAUGAACAAGAUAAUACGGUCCCUGCUGCUAUAAAUCAUGGAGGCACGGAACCGGGACCAGAAGCAGAACCUGAGAUUGCUCAAGAAGAAGUGAAAGGCAUACUUGAAGUUAUUGCAUCCACCGGGAAAUUCUGGCAUGCUUGGUACAAAUUGAAGAGCAUGCUAUCCUUUCAGCUGAAGCAGGUCUUGUUGGAGUAUCCUGAGUCGAAAAUGACAAGCGAGCAGCAAAAUGCUUCUUUAGGAGAAACCUACCCUGAGCUUGUAAAAAGGUUGGAUGAAGCUCUUGUUAGCUUUGUUGAAGGUCCACCGUUUACCCUGCAGAGGCUCUGUGAGGUGGUUUACUUCAUUCCAUUAGUACAUAAUCCUGUUGGAAGCUCGAAGUGUUUAUCCAAAUAUCUCAAAGCUUGCUUUAGCACUAGAAAAGAAUUUAUUGGUGACAACUAUGUUGACCAUCUCUACCGAUCCGUAUCCACAAGCAACGAUGCAAAAGACAGAUGAACCAGAGAAGGCAAGGGAAGAACCCGAGGCUCAACCCAAUUCAGCACAAAAUGGGGUUGAACCUGUGGCAGGAGAUAGGGAUGAAGUAAUGACAGAUGUAGAAGAGGCUGAUAUAGAUGAUGAAAUGACCAUCGACAUGGAAGCCUUUGAAGAAAUAGUUGGAUCUGCAGAAACGAAAGCCGAACCUACUGCUAAUUCUUAGUUUUUAGGGAUUAGUUUUCUGUUAAUUGAAUGGCUCAGUUCUUACUGAUGAUCUGUUCAUGGCUCCACAUAUACAUGUUUUCUCAUUGUCAGUUGCACCUGAUGUCCGGAAUUCCAGAUGAAUGGUGUGACUGGCCCAGUGUAUUCUGGUUCUGGGUUUACAAAACCAUCAAGUUAGUGUUAUAGAAAGAGUAUACCUUUCCCGAUUUA